AUGAAUGCGCUGGACUGGAUGAAAAGCGAACGUGGCUUAGUAAUGACAGCUCAUCUCCUCCUUUUCGUCCUCACGACCUGCCUGGGCAUGGAAAUCAUUAUACGAGUGCCCUCGCGAAGCACAAAGGGAAUCCCGAUUAAUUUGAAUAGUGCGGCUGGACAACUAGUGAAGAAAUUCCACCAUAGAUCGACCACGGCUAGCGACUACAACGAACGGCUUAACAACGACGGGGAUAGAUCAUAUUACGGCACCAUCCAAAUCGGAACUCCUCCUCAGACAUUCGGAGUUAUUUUCGACACUGGUUCGGCCCUUCUGUGGAUUCCUUGCGCGAACUGUGUUGCCUCAGACACUGCUUGUCGUACUCAUCGAAGG